AUGUCUCAAGAUUCUAGCAAGAAGAAUCUUGUUAUCCUAGGAGGUUCCUAUGGGGGCAUUUCCACCGCGCACUACCUUCUCAAACAUGUCGUCCCUCAGCUGCCCAACAAAGCGAGCUAUCAGGUCAUCCUCAUCAGCACCUCGUCGCAGGCCAUAUGCCGCCCGGGCUGUCCUCGUGCAUUGAUCUCAGAUGACAUGUUCCCCCAGGAGAAGCUCUUCGUCAGUGUACCGAAGCAGUUCGAGCAGUACCCGAACGAUACAUUCCGUUUCAUUCAAGGCACCGCGACGGAACUCGACCAGCACGAUCGCCAUGUCAUUGUGAGCCUUAAAGACGGCGCUACCGAGAAAAUUGAAUACCAUGCGCUUGUCAUCGCUACCGGUACAUCCACCGCGUCGCCCCUACUAGGACUAAACGGCGACUCUGAGUCUCUGCGCGCUACCUGGAAUACCUUCCGCGCAGCUCUGCCCAACGCCAAACACAUCGUCAUCGCGGGCGGAGGUCCGGCCGGUGUAGAGACGGCCGGUGAGCUAGGCGAGUAUCUCAACGGUCGCGCUGGCUGGUUCAGCUCUAAACUGGAGAAUCCCAAGGUCCCCAUUACCCUUGUGACAUCGGGCUCGAAGAUCCUCCCCGUCUUGCGACCCGCGAUCGCGAAGAAGGCUGAGGACUUGCUCGCACAGGUCGGAGUGACGGUGAUCAAGGGCUCACGCGUUGUAACUGUCUCACCACCUGGUGCAGGCACUGAGAGUGCUCUGACGACCAAUUCGACGGUGACCUUGGCAGACGGCAAAACUCUCGAAGCUGACCUUUAUAUCCCGGCUACCGGCGCUGCGCCUAAUACCGGCUUUAUCCACGAGUCCCUAUUGACGGCUAGUGGCGGGAUAGAGACUAACGUGUCCACCCUACGUGUGGAUAAAGCUGGUCCGCGAGUCUACGCGGUUGGUGAUGUGGGAUCGCAUGCGCGUCCGGCCGUGCACAAUAUCUUGAAUACAGUCCCCACUCUAAGUGCGAAUAUUAAACGGGAUUUGCUCAUUGCAGGGGAAGGAUGA